AUGGACGAUGCCACUCGGCGCCUCCGUGUAGUGUCUGGUCAUUUUCGCGUGGAAAAGCCGCCGUCAGCAUCCCGUUAUCCAUUUGACGUGAAGGAGCUGCAACGCAUCUUAGAUCAUGACAACCAUGAGCACCGGCAGGCAAUGAAGGAGUUCAUGAAUGACGACCUCUACGUUCCUCAGUACGACAUCAGCCUGCGUGACGAGCGCGAGCUGGCGCUGCAGCGGCUCAAGCGCGUGUGCCGCGCGGGGUUCAUCAGCGUUACGGAUUUCCGCACAAACCCAUUUCGCAUCUUUGCCGCGCACGAGGUCGCGGCGUUGUGCGACCCGAGCAUGGGCACUAAGAUGACAGUGCAGUUCAACUUGUUUGGCGGCACCGUGCUCAAGUUGGGCACCGAGCGCCACCACGGGGCCUUCCUUCGCGAUAUUGACCAGCUGGACGCGGUGGGCUGUUUCGCGCUCACGGAGCUGGGCUUUGGUAACAACGCCGUGGAGAUGCAGACUACGGCAGAGUACGACAAGGACACGCAGGAGUUUGUCAUCCACACUCCGGGAUCGCUGGCGCAAAAGUACUGGAUUACGAACAGCGCCGUGCACGCGCAAUGGGCAGUGGUGUUUGCCCAGUUGACAGUGGCUGCCCGCCAGGAGGGCAUCCACGGCUUCCUCGUCAGGAUACGCAACCCCGACAUGAGUGUAUGUCCCGGUGUACGGGUGGAGGACAUGGGCCACAAGAUGGGUUGCAACGGAGUGGAUAAUGGCAAGCUAUGGUUUGACCACGUGCGUGUGCCGCGUACGGCACUGCUGGAUGCGUUUUCCUCCGUGUCCGCCGAGGGUGUGUUUCGCUCGUCCAUUUCCCGCCCCCGCGACCGCUUCCUCCGUGUUGCCGAUCAGCUGCUGAGUGGUCGGCUGUGUAUUGCCGCCAUGAUGCAGUCCGGCAGCAAACUGGCACUCACGAUUGCGUUCAGGUACGCAGCCAGUCGGCUGUGUGUGGGUCCCGGGGGUCGCUCCGACACGCCCAUCCUGGCCUACCAGCUGCAGCAGCGGGCGCUCGUACCCCUGUUGGCCCGUACGGUGGCUCUGGCGGUGGGUCUGAACUACGUGAAGGAGCGGUGGGCCGCCGCGUCCGGGUUCGUGCCGGGACAGCCGAUUGACCCCACGACCAGCACUGAGGUUGUGGUGCUGUGUUGCGCCAUCAAGCCGCUGUGCUCCUGGAACAUUGAGGAGUGCGCCACCGUGUGCCGGGAGCGGUGCGGGGGACAGGGCUACCUGUCGUGCAACAGGUUUGGGUCCAUUUUGGGUUUCGCCCACGCGGGUAUGACUGCGGAGGGCGAUAACAGGGUUUUGAUGCAGAAGGUGGCCAAGGAGUUGCUGGGUUUGGCGGGGUCCCUGCCCUCCCUGAGGGAGAGGGUGGCGGGGGCGGCCACACCCGCGCUGUCGCCGCAACUCGUGGCCGCGCUGGCGGCUGGGCCCACGGGAGCUAACGCACUGGCAGUCCUUGGCGAUCUUGCCGUACUUCAGCGGCUGUUGGCUGUACGGGAGGGCCGGCUUGUACGGCAGUUGGCUGCGGCGAUGGCCGCCGCCAACGCUGCGGCGGGUGGGGCCCUGACGGCCCAAGAGUCCACGUUUGAUACCUGGAUGAAGAGGGAGAGCGACCUGGUGCAGGCCACCGCCUAUGCCUUUGCCGAGCGCGAGGUGAUGGACUCCUUACUGAGGACGCUGAGCGGCCGACAGCUCCCCGGCAACCAGCAGUCCCAGUGCCAGUCCCAGUGCCAGGCGGCUCUGUCGGGGGGGGUGGCGGCCGUGUUGACGGCGGUAGCCAGGUUGUUUGCCCUGCGCUGCGUGGAGAGCGACCUGCCCUGGUUCAUCGCGGAGGGGGAGCUGCCGGGCAAGGCGGGUCGUUCGGUUCCGGAGGCGGUUCGUGCCGCGGUUUCGGAGCUGUCCCCGCAGGCGUGUGAGGCGCUGGUGUCCUCCUUUGGCAUCCCCGACCACCUGGUAGCCGCCCCCAUAGCGGGAGACUGGUCCCGGUACAACAUGGUGGACAACAAGGGGGAGCUGUUUGGGGCGGAUGUGUGA